AGGAGGAAAAUGAUUUGUCUGAUAUAUGCUUAGAUAAAUUGAGGAAGUGUCGCUUCUCCUUUUAAUCUUUGACGCCUGAUGUAAUAAAGGGCGGACUAUCAGUUCCUUCCGUUCAUCUUGCAAAACUGUCAUUCCCAAAUGUAUUUAAACCUCAGCUAUGCCAUCCUGCUUGACAGUGCAUUCUGUACUACUGACUUGGGAUAUUGCAGGCUGCUUUGGUCAUAUGAGAAGGUGAGAUCUGUAUUCCCCUCCUGUUUGUUGACUCAUUUGACAAGGAGGGCUGACAGUCAAACUGAAGUGCAACAAAUGUCGCUCUAAAUUCGUAUCAACAUGGAGCCAAGAGAAAUGGGCACCAAUGAAAGCACGAGCCAAAGGACAUUGCAAGGACAAGCCAAGGAGAAACAUGAACCACGGCAAGUGCUAGUAAUGACUAAAACAUGCCAACAUCUAUAUACUCUAUUUCGUAACCAAAAUAUAGUCCUUGCUCAUGAGCUUAGCAUCUAAAAGAUACAUAUAUACAGAAUACAAAAGGGAAUAGCCUGGGUAUGAAAAAGGAAAAGAAGCAAAACAACACAAAUGGGAAAAGUUUGAGGAGGAAGGAGCACAAAGGGCAGCCAGUUGUGCAUUGGCAGAGCAGGCACUAUUGCCUUCUACACCAACCAGAAUGGUAGCAGAUAGAAAUGCAUUGUGGGCAAGAAGGCUUCAAAAUCAAAACAAUAAUGCUAAUAAUGGACUAUCUUGAAAUCCCACAGAGAAAAGAGACUAUUAUGGAUGAAGCAGAAAGUCUUUAUUGAGCAGAGGUCCUUGCUUGAUGAGCUUCUGGAAGUGGAACAUUUCCGCACCAUCUACAACAUCUUUGUGGCCGUACUCUGUAUCUUCGUUCUUAGGGCAGUUGUUGUGGAUUUCAUCGAUAAUGAAUGCAUUGUCCUUGAUUUUGAAGUGCUCAUCUUUGCUUUUGGACGGUUACACAUGGCACUCUUGGCCUGGCUUGUUAUGUUCCUCUACACCUUAUUAGUGCCCUACAAGGUCCUACAAAUCUGGGCCCGCUCUUUGGAGACUCUCCAGUUGCCCACUGCCGUCACAGUCAUUGCAGCAGCGGUGCUGCUGAUUGGCCAUGCUACUGUUUUGGGCUUCUAUCCUGUCUACACUGUGAUCUCACAGCCUUUUGGGCCUGCCUCCUGUUUCGUCAUUAUCCUUGAACAGCUCCGGUUUCUCAUGAAAAUCCAUUCCUUCCUAAGGGAAAUUGCACCUCCCAUCCUUCGGGCCAGGUCAAAUGAUGGGAAGAUGGGUCUGCCUCCAUUCUCUACAUAUUUAUAUUUUCUCUUCUGCCCCACUUUGAUCUACAGGGAGAACUACCCAAGGACACCCCAUGUUCGCUGGAGGUAUGUCAUUGAGAACUUCGCUAAGUUCCUUGGGUGCCUGUUUUAUGGAUCCUUGCUCUUCAAGUGCUUAUCUAUCCCUAUCUUCAGCAACAUGAAUAAGCAGCCCCUCACCCUCCGACGUUUGGUGCUGUCUGUUUUCAAUGCAACAUUGCCAGCACUAUAUUUGGUGCUGCUGAUGUUCUUCUGCUUCUUCCACUGUUGGCUUAAUGCCUUUGCUGAAAUGCUGCGUUUUGCGGACCGCGGUUUCUACAAGGACUGGUGGAAUGCCACAUCUUUCCCUACAUUUUUCCGGACCUGGAAUGUGGUAGUACAUGACUGGCUGUACUAUUAUAUCUAUCAGGACCUCCUGUGGGUAUUCAAAGCAAAGGCCCAGUCUGUGGCUCUGCUGUCUACCUUUAUUAUUUCAGGUGUUGUCCAUGAAUAUGCCUUCACGUUGUGCUUUGGCUUCUUCUACCCAUUUACACUCCCAUUCUCAAUUGUGGUUGUCUUAGAAGGGAUGUUUUAUUCUACCUUCACCCACGGGAAUAAAAGACCCAAUUCAAACAUCCUAUUCUGGACAUACCUCCUAUUGGGUCUAGCACUUCAGUUCUGCCUGCAGUCCCUAGAGUGGUAUUCCCAAAUCCACUGUCCAGUCCAGAAGAGUACAUUCUGGAUGAAAGUAACCACACAUUUUUGGUCCUGCUAUUCUUCGGCCAUAACAACCCCCAGCUGACCUUUUGGAAAGCUGUCUCUCCCCUGUGCUCCUGCCUCUAUAUUGCUGAAAAAGACUCUCCUGGUAGACAAAUCAAAUCAAAUCAAAAUCUUUAUUACAGUCAUAAACCAGCAUAAGUGAGGUACAGUCUCAUAAAUGCAGACAUACCUUGUAUGAUUCCUGUAGAGGAAUAAAUGUGAGGGUGUCCAGAAUGUGAGUCUAGAAAUUAUCUUGUUUACUUUAAUCAUUAAAAUACCAAGAGAAGUGCUAGCGUUCAGUUGCAGAACACAUGCAGAACAUCUCAGGUGAAUUUCUCGUAUCUCCAAGGAUGGGUAGGAAAAAAAGUUGUUUGAAUCACAGCUAAUCACAAAGGGAAAUAUGUGUAUAAAAAGGAUCCAUUAAGAAAAGUGCAUGAGAAAGGUGUAUACACAAAACACGUACACAUCUGUAUCUGAAAAGAAAUCCAAGCUUCACAACUUUAGAUUGUACAAGGAUGGAAGAAAUCUUAUUUAAAAUCUUUUGUCUUUGAAAAAAUAAAUAUGAAAUGUAAUUUAUGAAAUAAACAAAGUUUACAAAUAAACUAACACCAUUUCAAAGUGUUGAUACAAUGUUCAACAUAGAA